UUCAUUUUUGCGAUGGUUUAAUUUGAUAGACAAGAAAUCUUUUGGAAACCCUAGUUAGAAAUAAUGGAGUCACAGAGCAAUAAAAGCAACAGUAGCAGUGACCACCAUCACCAUGGCCAAAAACAAGAAGCUUCACUGCAACUAGUCUCUUCUGAUAGUCAAUCACUUGUAGCUGCUGGUGGCGCACAUGGGACCUCCUCUAAUCAGGUUCAGGCCCCAGCCCAUGUCCCAUUCAUGGGCUCCAUUUCCAACCAAAUUGGGGUUCACUCUUCUUCCCCAACCUCCACUUCUUCCAUUCCUAAACCUGCUGCCAAAAGACCCACCAAAGACCGCCACACUAAGGUCGAAGGUCGCGGCCGCCGCAUCCGCAUGCCGGCCUUCUGCGCGGCCAGAGUCUUCCAACUAACCAGAGAAUUAGGCCAUAAAUCUGAUGGUGAAACCAUUGAAUGGCUACUUCAACAGGCAGAGCCGGCCAUCAUAGCUGCCACAGGAACUGGCACCAUCCCGGCCAAUUUCUCUACUCUUAACGUUUCACUUCGCAGCAGUGGCUCCUCUAUUUCAGUUCCUUCAUCAAAACCUGCACCUCUCUCCUUCCACAGUGCUUUAGGUUUUUACAACAGUAAUGGAGAUGAAAGUAGAAGACUUAGCAACAAUACUGCUGGCGCUGCCAUGUUAGGGUUUCAUCAUCAGCUGUACCCUCAAAUCCUGAACCCUGAUGCUCCCAUGAGAAGUAGUAAUCCUAACGAGAAUUACACCACAAAGCCAUUCAGAGAAGAUCUUUUCAAGGAAACAUCUCAACACAACGCUGAAACGGGUGGUCUAGAUGCAAAUUCUCCUAAACCGGAGAGAACCGGAAUGCAAGACCAAGAACCCGGUUCGUUUCGAGCAGCCAACUUGGUGCCGGCUCCAGCUAUGUGGGCAGUUGCACCGGCCACCACCAAUGGAGGUAAUGCAUUUUGGAUGCUGCCGGUAGGUGGUGGUACCAUGGCAUCAACCACUACGCCAGAAGCCCAGAUGUGGACGUUUCCAGCUCAUUAUUCGGGUGGGGGUCGGGUGAAUCCGGUUCAGCUUGGUUCAAUGAUAUUGCAACAGCAACAAACCGGCGGUCAGCAGCUUGGUUUAGGAGUGACAGAAACUAAUAUGGGGUUACUGGGCAGUGGAAUUAAUCUUUACAGCGACAAUAAUAGAUUUGGUUUGGGAAUGAAUUCGGAGCAACAGCAUCAAGAAAACCAAACCCAAGGCAGUGAUAGUGGAGAUGAAAAUCCUGCUACAGAUUCUCAAUGAAAAAGUUUCCAAACUCAAAUCACAUAUCUCAACUGUUUUUCUUGCUUUUUUAGUAGCCGUUUUCUUGGAGCCAGGUUCCAAUAUUGCUUUCUUUACUCUUCUUUGUGCAAAUGCAUGUAUUUGUUUUACUUUUUUGGGAUUGUUGAUUGUUAGUAACUCUGUUCCUCGGAUGCUGAAAUGUAAUGCGUGUGCAGUCGGGUGUCAAAAAUUCCUAUCAAACUAGCACAAGCCAUCAUUUCCCAACUCCUAGAAGUGUGAAAAUAUGAAGAAUUG